AAAAUAGUUUAAACUUUCAAACUCUGUCUGUAGCAGUUGGGUUGUGUGUUGAAUGAAUGAAUGGUGGAAUUGUGAUUCACUGGCAGAUUGCAGACUAGAAAAGAGACAAAGUCACGUUGCAUUAGUUUAUUAUGUUUAGGCUAUGUGUUAUGUGAUUGUAUGUACUUCUCUUCAAAACAAAGAAGAAAGAUAGACAUGAGCUAACACUAAUACUGUGAAAUUAAAUGAGACAAGUUUUUUCUGGUCCUUUGUUAGCAAUCUGGUUUUGUUUUUACUGAUAGUGAUAAAACAUGGCGAAGUCCUUUAAUGCUUGGAGAAAGACUGAAACAGACAGUUCAAAUAGUGAAAGUGAUUCAGAUAUUGUUGAUGACUCUGAAUCAACUGAACUGGUAUAUAACUCUGAGACUGAGCAAGAUAUAAUUAUACCAGACUCAGAUGAUGAGUCCUUCUCACCUGAGUCAGUUAAAGCUGGUAUUAAAGAAAAAAUAAAGAAGAGCUUAAAUUGUAUUGUACUACCAUCAAGUGAUGAAGAUGAGAGUAGUUACCUUAGCCUCAGUUUAGCUGCUGCAAAAGAAUCUAAAUGCAGAGAUAGUAGCACAAGCAAACAAUUUAGACAAAGUUCCAUAAAUGAAGUGGUUAGUUCUGACAAAAAGGAAUCAUCAAGCCCUAUAGCAUUUCAAUUAAAGAGAGGAAAACAACGAAUACUAGAUAGUGAAGAUGAAAGCUUGUCUGAAGAUACUGGGGAAGACUCUAAUAUUAGAAGUUCGUCAUCAUUUAAAAAUGAAGAUGUUUACAGUUCUACUAGGAUAGCUGAAACAGCUGAGAGUUCUUUUACAGAUACAGAUACGACCAAUACAUCUAAAUCUGGUAGUAGACAUUUACACAAAACAUGCAAUAGUACAUCUAAUAAAUCAGAAAAACACUCAUCACCUAUUGUAGAUCUUACCAUUGCACUGCCAAAUGAGUACAAAUCAAAUUACAGUAAUUCAAAAAGGUGCGAUACUGGAUCUUCAGUUGCAAAAAAAGCACAAAAGAUUAUAGAUCUUACUUUAAUUGAUGAAAAUAAACCAAGUAAAAAAGACUACAGAAAUGUUAUAAAAGAAGAUAAAAGUGAUGAUGAAAAUAGCAGCAGUGAUAGAGAAAUAGUUAUUAAUGAUUCAGAUUCAGAAGAGGAUAAGUUUUCCAAGAACAAUAAAAGUAAAGGCAACAAAUCUCCAAUUGAUCUUCGUAAGUCAAAUUCAAUGAAAAUAUCACAAACAUUUCAUGAGAUACAGCCUAAAUUACAAAAACUACCCCCUCAAAAUACGCAACAAAGCAGUAACACUAGUAAUGAUUACUCAUCAAGAAUUGAAAGUUUAAAAGCAGAGGAAUUGAGAUUGAAAAUGCAAGUCUCAGAAAUAUUGAAGAGCAUUGAUACAGUAAAGACUACACUGAAAACUGCUGUUUUGUCAGCCCUACCUGAUAAGGGAGUCCGUCUUCAGAUGCAUCUGAAAAGGCUUGAAACCAAACUACGUGAUCUUCGCUAUCAACAAAGCACUGUAGCUAAUGAAAUUCUAAAAUCACAAUUUUCAGGAGUUAGUGUUCAGCAGCAACCUCCAAGACCACCCCCGGGACAAAAGAUGUUUUCACUACCUACUACAAAUACAGACCUCAAUGCUUUAGGAAAGAAAGCAAUGGAAACCCAUAGAAUCCAGCAAUCUUUGACAUUGGAUACUUUAAGGGUGCUUCACAAAUCUUUAGAAAACUGUCCAGCUGAAGACGCAAUAGUCACUGACCCCAAAGGACUUCUUGUAGAGCUUCUUCCCCAUCAAAAACAUGGUCUGGCUUGGCUCUUAUGGCGAGAAAAAGAAAAACCUUCUGGAGGUAUUUUAGCUGAUGAUAUGGGUCUUGGCAAAACACUGACUAUGAUAGCACUCAUUUUAAAGUCAAAUGAAGAAAAUGGAGAUGACGAAGAAAAGGAAAAAAGCGAAGACAGUGAGUCAGAUGAAGAGGAUUCUAACUGGUUAUCUAAGGAUCGUAAGAAAAUGAUUGAGGGCAAAACAUUGGUGGUAUGCCCAGCAUCACUUUUGGGUCAGUGGAACGGAGAGAUACGGAGUAAACUAAGACGUGGAAUGCUUGAUGUGGAAGUGCAUCAUGGUCCAAGCAGGGAGAAAAAGGCUAGGAGGCUAGCGGCUUCAGAUGUCGUUGUUACUACUUACAGCAUAAUAGCUCGAGAUGCAGAAAAUGUACAGAGUCCUUUGUUUCAAAUCCGAUGGAGAAGAAUCAUAUUGGAUGAAGCUCACCAGAUAAGGAACUCUAAAACUCAGACUGCAAAAGCCGUGUUCCAGUUGAGGGCCAAGAGUCGGUGGGCACUUACUGGAACACCUAUCCACAACAAAGAGUUGGACCUGCAGGCACUGUUGAGGUUUAUUCGCUGCAAACCUUUUGAUGAUAUAGCUGUGUGGAAAAAGUGGGUUGACAACCGCAACUCUGCUGGCCUGCAGCGGCUCAACACCCUCACAAAGACACUGAUGCUUCGCAGGACGAAGGAAGGUCUGCAGGAGAAGGGAGAACUUAAAUCCUUAACAGAGAAAAAGUUUGAUACCAUCUUUAUAAAUCUGGAUGAAGAUGAACAAGAGGCUUAUGAGAAACUACUUAACUUUUCUAAGGAGUUGUUCUCUCAGUUUCUUCACCAAAAAGCUGAAAAAGAAAAUGCUUUGACUGGUGUAGCUGUUUCGUCAAAACCCAGCCGAUAUCUACAAACUGCUGAAAACCCCUUUGAGAAGCACCCAGAGCUGGCUAGACUGCACAAGCAACUGAAGGAAAUCAAUGAUGUGAAAAGCACUGAUAUCUUGGUACUUUUGCUAAGACUAAGACAGUUUUGUUGCCACCCAGCUCUGAUCAAGAAGAUGCUGGCUAAAGAUGAAGUGUCCAAUGCCGGAAUAGAAGAUGGGGAUGGUCUUGAUCUCGACAUGAUGGAGAAACUAACAAGAAUGUCAUUGAACUUGGGAGAAAAUCGAGCUGUAGAAGACAAUAAAGGCACAGAAAAUGCAGUAGAUGCUUUGUCUCAUAACAAUCCUUUAUACGCUGAUAACAGGCUCAGCUCAAAGAUGAGAACUGUUGUUAAAAAACUUGAAGAAAUAUUAGAAAGUCAAGAUAAGAUAUUAGUUGUAUCUCAGUGGGUGUCCCUUCUCGAUUUGAUACAUGGUGUGCUGCAAGCAAAGAAAGUGAAAUGUGUAAUGUUAACGGGAUCGGUGCCAGUGAAAGAUCGGCCAGCAAUUGUUGACAAGUUUAACAGAAAAGGACAUGGACCAAGAGUGAUGCUUUUAUCAUUGACUGCAGGAGGUGUAGGAUUGAAUCUUGUUGGAGGAAAUCAUCUUUUAUUGUUAGAUCUUCACUGGAACCCACAACUGGAAAGUCAAGCUUUUGAUCGGAUCUAUCGAGUUGGUCAAGAAAAGAAUGUUUUCAUUUACAAGUUUGUAACUUCAGAGACUAUAGAAGAGAGAAUUCUAAAUCUGCAAAUGAAGAAGCUGGAAAUAGCCAACAAUGUUUUGACUGGAGCCAAGCACACAUCAAAACUGUCAUUAGAUGAUCUUAAGAUGUUAUUUGAGAUCUCGUAGUCAGUCAUCAGAUUGUGUCCUACAGAACUGGCUGUGAAUGUAUAUAUUGUUCUGUUUAGUAUAAUUUUUAACGAAUCUGAUUUAUUAUAUAUUGUUAUUUGUAAUGUUUUAUAUGUCUAAUGUAAUUCAAUAAACACUAAUACAAUCAAAA